GGAGGUGGCAGUGGCGGUAGCAGAAUGAGAGAUGGACUGGUGAUCCCAUUGGUAGAGCUGUCAGCAAAGCAGGUGGCAUUUCACAUCCCAUUUGAAGUGGUGGAGAAAGUUUACCCCCCGGUGCCUGAGCAGCUACAGCUCCGAAUUGCUUUUUGGAGCUUCCCUGAGAAUGAAGAGGACAUCCGGCUAUAUUCGUGCCUGGCCAAUGGCAGUGCAGAUGAGUUCCAGCGAGGAGAUCAGCUAUUCCGCAUGAGGGCAGUGAAGGACCCACUGCAGAUAGGGUUUCACCUGAGUGCUACAGUGGUGCCACCUCAGAUUGUCCCCCCAAAAGGGGCUUACAACGUGGCUGUGAUGUUUGACCGCUGCCGGGUCACUUCCUGCAGCUGUACCUGUGGGGCUGGGGCCAAAUGGUGCACCCACGUCGUGGCACUCUGUCUCUUCCGCAUCCACAACGCUUCUGCAGUCUGCCUGCGGGCCCCAGUCUCAGAGUCCCUGUCUCGGCUACAGAGGGACCAGCUGCAGAAGUUUGCUCAGUACCUCAUCAGUGAGCUCCCUCAGCAGAUCCUCCCCACAGCCCAGCGUCUCCUGGAUGAACUCCUCUCCUCCCAGUCAACAGCCAUCAAUACAGUGUGUGGAGCCCCAGAUCCCACAGCAGGACCCUCAGCCUCGGACCAGAGUACUUGGUAUUUGGAUGAAUCAACACUCACCGACAACAUCAAGAAGACACUACACAAGUUCUGUGGCCCUUCCCCUGUGGUCUUCAGUGAUGUGAACUCCAUGUAUCUGUCUUCCACGGAGCCUCCAGCCGCUGCUGAAUGGGCAUGUCUGCUGCGCCCUUUGAGGGGCCGCGAGCCAGAGGGUGUCUGGAACCUGCUUAGCAUUGUGCGGGAGAUGUUCAAGCGGAGGGACAGCAAUGCUGCCCCCUUGUUGGAAAUCCUCACUGAUCAGUGCCUCACCUAUGAACAGAUAACAGGUUGGUGGUACAGCGUGCGCACCUCAGCCUCACACAGCAGCGCCAGUGGGCAUACAGGCCGUAGCAAUGGGCAGUCAGAGGUGGCAGCCCAUGCAUGUGCCAGCAUGUGUGAUGAGAUGGUCACACUGUGGAGACUGGCUGUGCUGGACCCUGCACUCAGUCCCCAGCGCCGCCGUGAGCUGUGCGCACAGCUCCGCCAGUGGCAACUGAAGGUGAUUGAGAAUGUAAAGCGAGGACAACACAAAAAGACCCUGGAGCGGCUCUUCCCUGGCUUCCGGCCAGCAGUGGAGGCCUGCUACUUUAACUGGGAAGAGGCCUACCCCCUUCCAGGUGUCACCUACAGUGGCACUGACCGGAAGCUGGCACUGUGCUGGGCUCGGGCCCUGCCCCCUCGGCCAGGAGCCCCCCGCUCUGGGGGCUUGGAAGAAUCCCGGGACCGGCCCCGACCUCUUCCUGUUGAGCCAGCUGUGCGGCCUAAGGAGUCUGGGGCCAAGCGCAAGGGAUUGGGUGAGGGGGUCCCCUUGUCACAGCGGGGUCCCCGCCGCCUCUCUGCUGAAGGGGGCGAUAAGGCUCUGAAUAAGAUGGGUCCAGGUGGGGGCAAAGCCAAGUCACUGGGUGGGGCUGGCGGUGGUGGCAAGGGCUCAGCAGGCGGCGGGAACAAGCGACGGCUGAGCAGCGAAGACAGUUCCCUGGAGCCAGAUCUGGCGGAGAUGAGCCUGGAUGACAGCAGCCUGGCCCUGGGUGCAGAGGCCAGCACUUUUGGCGGAUUCCCUGAGAGCCCUCCACCCUGUCCUCCCCCUGGUGGCUCCCGAGGCCCUUCCACCUUCCUUCCUGAGCCCCCAGAUACUUAUGAAGAAGAUGGUGGCGUGUACUUCUCAGAGGGGCCUGAGCCUCCCACAGCUUCCGCUGGCCCCCCUGGCCUACUUCCUGGGGAGAUCUGUACCCGGGAUGACCUCCCUUCCACAGAUGAGAGUGGCAAUGGGCUCCCCCAAACCAAAGAGGCAGUCCCUGCAGUUGGAGAGGAGGAGGAUGAUGACUACCAGGCAUAUUAUCUGAAUGCCCAGGAUGGGGCUGGGGGCGAGGAGGAGAAGGCCGAGGGUGGGACUGGGGAGGAGCACGACCUGUUUGCUGGGCUGAAGCCACUGGAACAGGAGAGCCGCAUGGAGGUGAGAGGACUCUGAGGAGACUGAGGGAGGGAGGGCUGGGUGCUCCUUAGCCACAGCUGGGAAGAGCCAUCUGGCUCUAGCUGGGAUUGUCAGGACCAUUAGCGUGACUGUUUGACUCCUGUAGCAGGCUCCUAACUGGCCUCCCUGCCUGCAGUCCACUCUCUUCACUACUUCCCCAUUGAUUUACCUCUGAUGUCUGAAUGUAUCACUCUGCUGCUUCAAACUCUUCACUGGUUUCCCAUUUGCCCUUAGGAUAAAAAUAAAGGUCUUCAGUAUGACCUAUGA